AGAGCCCCCCGAUACUCCUGUACCUCCCCACUUUUAUAAAACGAUGCGCAUGUGAACAUCCCUCCCCGCCGACGUGACCCCGCUCCGGCCUCUUGCGGACUCCGGGUUUCUCCUGGAGGCUGCGCCUUACAGGAGGCGACUCCCACCCGCUCCGGAAAUGUCCCGGGAGGGUGCCCGCGGUGUCUCCCCCUCAUCCCAUCGCCAAGGGGCUUUUGAAGUCGCUCCAUCUCGUCCUUCCUUUCUUCCGGCCGCCUACCCCCCUGCUCCCACCGUCUCUGCAGGGGAGCGGAGGAGCCUGGCCCCCCCGCACACACCUGGCCCCCGCACCCUCCUUCGCGGAAAGGGCAGGGGGAUGUGGAAGACAAGCUGGUUCCCUCCCCUUCGGGCUUCGGGCUUUCGCUUUCACUUCCUCGUGCGCGAGCGGCAGAUCUCCGGGUGCUGGCCGUCAUGGCGCUGCUGGAGGUGUGCGGAGCCCCCCGAGCGCGGCCCGACGACUGGGCUUUCCCCCUCUCGGGAGGCCGGUCCGGCUCGGACCCGGGACACUACAGUUUCUCCACGCGAUCUCCGGAGCUCGCCCUCCCGCGGGGAAUGCAGCCCACCGAGUUCCUCCAGGCCCUGCGCGGGGACGGAGAGAGCAGCGUUCAGAUCGAGAUGGCCCACGGCACCACCACCCUGGCCUUCAAGUUCCAGCACGGAGUGAUCGUGGCCGUGGAUUCUCGGGCCUCGGCUGGGAGUUACAUCGCCACCUUACGGGUGAACAAGGUGAUUGAGAUCAACCCGUACCUGCUUGGCACCAUGUCCGGCUGUGCGGCGGACUGUCAGUACUGGGAGCGGCUGCUGGCCAAGGAGUGCAGACUGUACUACCUGCGGAAUGGGGAGCGCAUCUCAGUGUCAGCAGCCUCCAAACUGCUCUCCAACAUGAUGUGCCAGUACCGGGGCAUGGGCCUCUCCAUGGGCAGCAUGAUCUGCGGCUGGGACAAGAAGGGUCCUGGGCUCUACUAUGUGGAUGAGAAUGGGACUCGGCUCUCAGGAAGCAUGUUCUCCACUGGCAGUGGGAACUCCUAUGCCUACGGGGUCAUGGACAGUGGCUACCGGCCUGAUCUCAGCCUGGAAGAGGCCUAUGACCUGGGCCGCAGGGCUAUUGUUCACGCCACCCACCGAGACAGCUAUUCUGGAGGCGUUGUCAACAUGUACCACAUGAAGGAGGACGGCUGGGUGAAAGUGGAAAGUACAGACGUCAGCGACCUGAUGCACCAGUACCGGGAGGCCAAGCAGUGACCCAGGCGGCUGGCAGGCCUCCUCUGGGAAAGCCUGGGGCCUGAGGCAGCUUACCCUUCAGGAGAAGGAAGGCCUAACCCGAGCCCAGGGAGGGGGAGCCGGCGCGGGGUGGGGCAGACUGUCCUUUGUGUGUUCUCUGUUUCAAGGACCACCCCCCCUCCCCCCCCAGCCAUCUGGGUGCCUCACUAAGUACAAUAAAGGAAACGGUUGUAAGGCC